AUGGAUCCACUGUCCAUCGCGAGCUCAGUGGUGGGAUUGACUGCGACAUGCCUCGCGACCUGCAAAAAGCUUCAUGAUCUCGCUGGAGAGUUCCAGGAUGUCCCAGCUAUCAUCGCAAUGAUAUGUUCGGAGUCAACGAUCAUUAGCAUCGGCCUUUCAGAACUUCAAACGAAGAUCCUUCAAAGAGACGACCUCGCACAAGCUUGGGCAUCAAAAACAGAAAUUUGGAUGGUUUUUGAGGCGGCCCUCACUGGAUGCAUGAUUGUCUUCAGCUGUCUGGAGGCUGAAACGCGAAGCCUUCGGUCUGAAAACCCGGGACUCUGGGCUAAGAUUAAAUUCAUAUGGAACCAAGACCGCCUAAGAGAGCUGUUGGGUGCGUUGAGAGGGCAACAGUCAUCCAUAAACUUUCUCUUAAAUCUUCUUGAACUUGAGACCUUGUCCAACAUCCAAAAGGAUAUACGUACAAAUGCGCCAAGGAUAAAAGCAGCUGCCUCGCAAGCACAGUCCCUGCGAUCUUGCAAUCCUAGUGUCAAAAUGGACAUAGAAUCUGUUUUCGAUAAUGAUGCUGCUAAGCUCAGCUACUUUGACGUCGAGACCGUUUCUGGUAUUGCACCUUCUGAACUUGACUUUACAUUCGAUGAUGUUGUGAUCAACAGCCAGGCAUACAGACGGGUCUUUAUCAAGGCUCGUUCUGAAAUUCAGCAGCUUCAUGUGGGCAAUGUGGACUCUGAUACGGAGAUUACCAAAACGAAGAAAGAGGGUUCAGUCGAUUCCCAGAAAGACGACGUUUCGUCAAUCAGAAAAUCACGAGAGUGGGCGAGCUCAUACACCACAGAUACAGGGAGAUCUCAGCUCCGAGGAAAGAAUUCCGUUAGCAGGUUAAACCGCAAGAUCUCCUGGCAAGGUACAUGGGACAUCUCCCUGCCGUCUGAACUUUCAUCUACUUGCUCCGCUUGUUCCAAGAGAGUUACAGGUCGUCAAGUGACAGCGUUAGGCCAAAAGUGGCAUGCGAAAUGUUUUACAUGCUCUGACUGCGGAGUCACUCUUCAAAGUGACUGUUUCCUAUCACAAGAAGAAAAUGGCAUUCAACCAAAACCACUGUGCGAGCAAGAUUUUCUUCGGCGAAGGGAUAUACACUGCUUCAAGUGCCAGGAGACUAUCAUAGGUGACUUUAUAGGAGCCUUUGAUCGUCAAUACCACAAGCACCACUUUACCUGUGAUAAAUGCGAAAUAAUUUUCACGAAGAAGAGUGACUGGCAUCAACAAGACGGUGGGAUCUACUGCAUGCUACACUUCUGUCGAGACAUUGCAUACUAUUGUGAUGGCUGCAAGUUUCCCAUCAUGGAGGGAUGUCACGUAUCGGAUCAACAAGGAAGAACAUGGCAUAGCCCCUGUUUCCGUCUCUCUUCGUCCUGGGGGCUCAUACUGCCGGUAUCAUCCAACGGUCGCCGAUAUCUUGACUUCAUUCGGGAUAAAUCCCAAACAAGGCUAAGUAGCUUCUGUCAGCAAUUGCACGAUGUCCGCACCAAUGACAUCUAUCUCUGUUGUUCCAACUUUACAACGGGAUUUCGAAAUUCAGUUGCGUAUUCUUUACACCUCUGUAGACAAAAGCCUCGUGAGGAGAGUUAUGAAUCAUGGAGAGUGGUGCUUUCAAUGCUCGCGCGGCUCUUUAGAGCCACUACAAAGGCCAUCAAUAAUGGCGGACGCAAUAGCGAACUCAUGUACUUCACCUCGACCCUUCAAGGACGCGUGAAAGACUAUAUAGAGGGCCGAGAGCCUUCUGCUCAGGUCGUAGGACUCCAGGUCUCAGAAUUACUCAAGCCUCUGUUGAAGCUAUCUUUCCAAGGAUGUUUACAAGAUCACUACAACUCAUGGGACGUUGGAAAUGAGGAUCUUGACGAAAUUAUCAAUUGUCUCGGGGCAGUUGGUCUCGACGAACUAGACGAUCGUUACGACCAACAGCCAACUGGCCCUGCUGAAGAAAGUUGGACAUCUGCAGACAAUUUUCAGUGCAUCACUCAGCAUAGGGCUUUUGAGCAUCCGCACCCAGGUCGAAAACUGCUUAUGCACUGUUGUUCGGAUUUCUCUUGUCAGAAAAACUGCCAAGCUGAUGGUACCGACGAGUGCAAGGUUAACCGACUGGGUGAAGGUUUAGAUGUCACCCCAUGUGAUAAGCUUGCAUUGAAUAGGAUAUGGAGAUGUUGGUAUGACUCGUCGGGCGAGGAGUCUCAAGAGUAG